UCAAAUUAAUAAAAUCAUUUUCCCGCCACCAGUUUGGAGUAGUUAACAAACCCGACAUUUUGGCGCUUGUUGCUUUAUGUGUAGUGAUGUCCGACAAACAAAACGUGUUCUAGUAAAAUCUAACAACAAUUUACCACAACCAAAUACACCAUGGACUUCCUCGAAUACUCGGACAUAACGGCAGAAAUAAAAGGAUGCAUGACACCCGGCAAGCUGAAAAUGACCGACCAAAGUAUCGUGUUCAAGAACAGCAAAACGGGAAAGGUCGACCAGAUCCAGUCGUCGGACAUCGACGUGGUCAACUUCCAAAAUUUCGCCGGCACCUUGGGCAUACGUAUAUUCCUUAAAACCGGCCUGCUGUACAGAUAUGUAGGCUUCAAAGACUCCGAAAAGGAGAAGAUCUCCAAGUUCUUUUCUCACUCAUACAAAAUUGACAUGCUGGAGAAGGAGCUGAGUUUGAAGGGUUGGAACUGGGGCACGGCCAGAUUUAAUGGGUCAGUUUUGAGCUUCGAUGUUGGCUCGAACAACAACAGCGCCUUCGAAAUACCUUUGAACCACGUGUCGCAGUGCACGGCAGGCAAAAACGAGAUCACCAUGGAAUUCCAUCAGAACGAUGAUGCCCCAGUUAGCUUAAUGGAGAUGCGGUUUUUCAUCCCCUCGAACGAACUGGCGGGUGACACGGACCCCGUGGAAGCUUUCCAGCAACAGGUGAUGAACAAGGCGAGCGUCAUCAACGUAUCGGGCGAUGCCAUUGCCAUAUUCCGAGAGAUCCACUGCUUGACACCCCGUGGUCGUUACGACAUCAAAAUAUUCUCCUCGUUUUUCCAACUGCACGGCAAAACAUUCGACUACAAGAUUCCUAUGUCGACUGUCUUAAGGCUGUUCAUCCUGCCACACAAGGACAACAGGCAAAUGUUUUUCGUGGUCAGUCUGGAUCCUCCGAUCAAGCAGGGGCAGACCAGGUACCACUUUUUAGUGCUGCUGUUCUCUCAGGACGAUGAGACGUCGUUGGAGCUUCCAUUCACUGAGGAGGAACUGAAGGAGAAGUACGAGGGUAAGCUCGAGAAAGAGCUGUCAGGCCCCACUUACGAAGUCCUGGGGAAAAUUAUGAAACACAUUAUCAACAGGAAAAUUACCGGACCUGGGGCUUUUGUUGGUCAUUCAGGGACGCCAGCCAUCGGUUGCUCGUACAAGGCGGCGGCCGGUCUGAUGUACCCGCUGGAGCGGGGCUUCAUCUACAUCCACAAGCCGCCGAUUCACAUUCGGUUCGAGGAAAUAGCGUCGGUGAACUUCGCACGUGGCGGCGGCAGCACCAGAUCCUUCGACUUCGAGGUCGAACUGAAGUCGGGCACGACCCACACGUUCAGCAGCAUCGAAAAGGAGGAGUACGGCAAGCUGUUCGACUUCAUCAAUUCCAAGAAGCUCAACAUCAAGAACCGCGGCAAGAACGACAAGGCUAAUUACAAAGACGACUUCGGCGACUCAGACGACGAGGCGGCGCCCGACGCGUACCUCGAACGUGUUAAGGCCGAAGCGCAGGAGAGGGACGCGGACGACGACGACGAAGAUGAAAGCACGGACGAAGACUUCAAUCCGGACCAGGCUGAAAGCGACGUCGCCGAAGAGUUCGACAGUAACCCGAGCAGUUCGUCCGAAGAGGAAGGUGGCGAGGACGAAGGCGGCGACAAGAAGAAGGACAAGAAGAAACACAAGAAGGAAAAGAAGGAGAAGAAGACUAAAACGGUGUCGGAGAAGCCGCGCAAGAAGCGUGACAAAAAGGCGAAGGACGACGAUAAGCCGAAACGUCCGGCGACCGCUUUUAUGUUGUGGCUAAACGAGACCAGGGAAAAGAUUAAGGCCGACAAUCCGGGCAUUAAGGUGACCGAAAUAGCGAAGAAGGGCGGCGAAAUGUGGAAGGAACUGAAGGAUAAGGCCCAAUGGGAGAGCAAGGCUGCCAAACUUAAAGAAGACUACAACGUUGCCAUGGAGGAGUACAAGAAAUCUGGUGGCGGGGCCAAAUCUGAAGACAAAAGCAGCGGUGGCAGCAAAAAGACUGCGACGUCGAAGAAGAAAACUAAAACUGAAUCACCCAUUAAAGUUGGAAAUAUUAAAAGUAAAGAGUUUAUCGAGAGCGAUGAUAGCUCCUCAGAUAGUGAUAAUGAUAAGAAGCCGUCGCCGAAAAAGGACGACAAGAAGUCGUCGAAGAAAAAGAAGUCCGCAUCCAGCGACGAUGAGGUCAACACGUCGAAAGAUUCAGUCGAUGAAAAGAAAACUAAAAAGAGAAAGAAAGACAGCGACGACGAGAAAAAUACGAAAAAGUCCAAGUCAAAGAAGAAGGAGUCGGAAAGUGAAGACGACGAGGACGAUGAAGAUAUUGAAAGUACUCCACCUACUAGCGAGAAUGAAGAUAGCGAUUAGUUUUAGGUUCGAUUUUCUUUUUUUUUUUAAUUUAUAUUGUUAAUUUCGAUAAUUAAAACAUAAAACUUUGA